UUCACCCAUGCAGAGAUAAAUGAAAGGAGAAAGAGAGAGCGCAGGGAAGAGAUGAAGCCAGACAGCUGUGUUUUUGUGUUGCUAUUUUGAGCGUCUGGCCGCUGCCCUACUCCCCUGGUCUGGCCCGGCCUAUUUCUGUCCUGGGCUGGUCCUGCUGCUAUUCUUGGCACCUGAGAGAGAGAGAGAGAGACAGCGAGAGAGAGAGAGAGAAAGACACAGCGCAGUGAGGAAGAGUAACAGAGAGAGAAAGCGUGAGAGCGCUGCUUCAGUUUCCUGUUCAGAGGCUGAGAGGCAGUAACAGAGUUGAGCUCCUCACCUGUGACGUCUACCUGAAGAAACCCAGCAGAGACGGCCAGAGGAACUCACAGAAGAAGCACAAAGAAGCUUGGGAAACCCUGAAGGAGUCCGCACAGGAGCAGAGGCCACUGAGAGCGCGUGGAGACGGUCUGAAGCUCAAGUUAUGCUGCAGACCAUUUAUGAAUCUGACUCCAGCAUCACUGCCGAGUGGAGGAGAAGACGCCUGGACUCUCACAGCACUGCCUUCGCUUCAGAUUCAGAGGUGUUGUCUGCGUUGGGCAGCACGUCUGGGGUCAGCAUGCUGGACAGGGAGCGUGAUUCAGACGAAUGGGAGAAGCAGUUACAGCGCGAGCUGCUUCUGAUCCAGAGACAGCAGCAGAUCCAGAAACAGCUGCUCAUCUCCGAGUUCCAGAAACAGCAUCAGAACCUGCUGAGACAACAUCAGGCCCAGCUCGAGGAGCACGUCAAGCUCCAGCAGGCUCUGUUAACUCUCCGACAGCAGCAGGAGGUGUUCGCUGAGGAGCGUCGGCUGGUGGCUGAGGAGGAGAGAGAGGAUGAUGAGAAGGAGCUUCACAGGAGGGACACACAGAAACACCAGCAGAACCACAGGAGGAAGGAGAGAUCUAAAGAGAGUGCGAUGGCGAGCACUGAAGUCCGUCAGAAGCUUCAUGACUUUCUGAUGAGUAAAUCAGCUAAAGACCCAUCGGUGUCCAGCGCUGGUUACCCUCUCAACCGCUCCAAACUGUGGUACAGCUCCGCCCACCCAGGAUCUGCAGAGCAGAGCUCGCCUCCUCUAGGAGAGACUCCGCCCACCUUCAAAUACCCUCUGACCUCCGGCCUGGACUACAGAGAGGACUUCCCUCUCAGGAAGACUGCGUCUGAGCCCAAUCUGAAGGUGCGCUCCAGACUCAAGCAGAAGGUUUCUGAGAGACGAAGCGGACCGAUACGCCGCAGAGACGGCAGUGUCCUUGUUACACCGCUGAAAAAACGAACUCUUGAGCUAACAGAUUCCUCAGCCAAUGAGAGCCCUGCAGGUUCUGGACCGAGCUCACCCAUUGGCUUGUGCAACAAUGAGAACGGCCGGUCCAGCACCUCUCAAAUCAAGCGCUGUCUGUCUCAGGGGGGCGUCCUACAGACGGAGGGGUCCAUGUCUCUGUUGAAUCUCUACACGUCCCCCUCUCUGCCAAACCUCACGCUGGCUCUGCACCCUGCUCACGCACACAUCUGCACGGGAACGGCGCUGAAGGAUCGGAGCGCAGAAGGACUCGUGGCCGCCGUGUCGCCCGUCUCAAUGGAGGCUAAAGUGAGCCACGGACAGCAGGCGCUCCUGCAACACCUGCUUCUGAAGGAGCAGAGACAGCAGAGGAUGAUGUCACCUGUCACAGGUAGUGUUCCUGUGCUCUCCUCGUCUCCUCUGGUGAUGAAGGAGCGUGCGUCUGGGAGUUCUCGCAGCAGGUUACCACGGCAUCGACCUCUGAACCGGACGCAGUCAGCGCCGCUGCCACAGAGCACACUGGCUCAGCUCGUGCUCCAGCAACAGCACCACAACUUCAUGGAGAAACAGAAACAGCUCCACCAGCACGUCCACAUCAGCCAGGUUCUGUCUCAGUCCAUCGAGCAGCUGAGGAACCCCAGCACUCAUCUGGAGGAAGAGGAGGAGGACGAGGGAGCGUCUGUGGAGCACAGAGAACCGGAGAUCACGCCGCCCCCUGCUGGAGUCAUUCACAGAAACUCUCACAGUGACCCCGAGGCCGCCCACACCAGAGUCAUCCGGCUGAAAACUGAGCCCGAGGACACACAGAGAGAGGAAGAGAGACGGGACAUGGGGAGAGAUACAGGUGAAGAACAGAAGGAACACAGUCUGGAAAAUAUGACGGAAACUGAUGUCUGAAAAAGAGAAAGAGAUGAGCAAGGAAGGGCUGAAUCUCAUGGAACUUGCCAAAAAAUAAUGUCUACGUCAUCAUAUAUAUAUAUAUA